UGUUUUCUUAAUGUUUUUCUCAGGUUGUUAAGAGAGAAGGCAGUGGGACAGAAUCUCCAAUGAUAGGUGAUAAAGUGACUGUCCAUUACACAGGAUGGCUUCUUGAUGGCACAAAAUUUGACUCCAGUCUGGACAGGAGAGACAAGUUUUCAUUUGACUUGGGGAAAGGUGAGGUGAUCAAAGCAUGGGACAUUGCUGUGGCGACUAUGAAGAUUGGUGAAAUCUGUCGGAUUACAUGUAAACCAGAAUAUGCCUAUGGCUCAGCUGGGAGCCCCCCAAAGAUACCUCCCAAUGCUACACUGAUUUUUGAGAUAGAACUUUUUGAGUUCAAGGGGGAGGACCUCACUGAUGAAGAAGAUGGUGGCAUCAUCCGGAGGAUCCGUAAAAAAGGGGAGGGCUACUCCAAGCCCAAUGAGGAUGCACUCGUAGAGAUCCAGUUUGAAGGCCGAUACGGAGAUCGUGUUUUUGACAAGCGGGAAUUGCGGUUUGAGAUUGGGGAAGGUGAAAACUUUGAUCUUCCUCAUGGUCUGGAGAAAGCAAUUCAAAAAAUGGAGAAAUCGGAGGAAUCCGUGUUCUAUCUUAAACCCAGCUAUGGCUUUGGAAGCACUGGGAAUGAGAAAUUUCAGAUCCCUCCAGAUGCAGAGCUGCAGUAUGAAGUGAAACUCAAAAGCUUUGAAAAGGCUAAGGAGUCUUGGGAAAUGAACACGGAUGAGAAGUUGGAACAAAGCUCCAUUGUGAAGGAGAGAGGCACUCAGUACUUCAAGGAGGGAAAAUACAAGCGGGCAGCAUUACAGUAUAAGAAAAUUGUGUCGUGGCUGGAGCAUGAAGCAGGACUCUCCGAUGAGGAGGAAUCAAAAGCCAAAAGCUUGAGGCUUGCUGCCCACCUUAAUCUAGCUAUGUGCCAUCUCAAGCUAAAGGAAUACUCACAGGCUUUGGAAAACUGCAACAAGGCACUGGAAUUGGAUAGCAACAAUGAAAAAGGCCUCUUCCGGCGUGGAGAAGCGCAUUUGGCUGUCAAUGACUUUGAGUUGGCCCGAGGAGAUUUCCAGAAAGUGAUACAACUUUAUCCAAGUAACAAAGCUGCCAAAGUGCAACUGGUAACUUGUCAGCAAAAAAUACGGGAGCAGCAUGAGAAGGAGAAAAAGAUGUACGCCAACAUGUUCCAAAGGCUUGCAGACAAAGACUUAAAGUCAGCUGCUGCUCUUCAGACCAGCCACACUGAAGAUGCAGAAAUGAAAGAUGAGCAGAAUGGAGUUGAAGAUAAAUCAGAAGCUGAAGCAGAAGCAUAAAAACAAACCCUAUUCCAUUAGUUUUGUAAAUGAAAGAAUUUCCAGUGAAUUAGACCUUUAUUUUUCUACCUGGUUGGAUAGUGGCUUCAAGGGAGCAGAGGCUGAAGCCACCAUGCCACAGUCAGUUACAGCUUUAUGUGGCUGUUCAAGAAGCUGAAUGGCAGCAUAAAUCCAGUUUAAUCCUAGUGACUUUAUUUAUUCAUUCAGCCUCUGUUACUGUUUGGGUUCUGUCUGGAUUUACUCUGCUUGGUUGAUUUGCAUUUUCAUAGAAUCAUAGAAUGGCUUGCGUUGGGAGGGACCUCAAAGAUCAUCUAGUUCCAACUCCCCUGCCGAAGGUAGGGACACCUUCCACUAGACCAGAUUGCUCAGAGCUCCAUCCAGCCUGGCCUUGAACACUUCCAGGAAUGGGUCAUCCACAGUGUCUCUGGGCAACCUGUUCCAGUGCCUCACCACCCUCACAGUAAAGAAUUUCUUCCUAAUAUCUAAUCUAAACCUACCCUCUUUCAGUUUGAAGCCAUUUUCCCUUGCAUUGUCGCUACUUGCCCUUGUAAAUAGCCUCUCUCCAUGUUUCCUGUAGGCUCCCUUCAGGUACUGGAAGGCCACAAUUUGGUCAUUCUGAAGCCUUCUCUUUUCCAAGCUGAACAAUCCCAAUUCUCUCAGCUUUUUCUCAUAAGGAGAGGUGCUCCAUCCCUCUAAUUGAUGGCCUCCUCUGGACUCAUUCCAAUGGGUUGAUAUCCUUCCUUUGCUGAGGACCCCAGAGGUGGAUGCAGUGCUCCAGGUGGGGUCUCACCAGAGCACAGCAGAGGGGCAGAAUCACCUCCCUCAACCUGCUGCCCACGCUGCUUUUGAUGCAGCCCAGGAUACAAUUGGCUUUCUGGGCUGCCAGUGCACACUGCCAGGUCAUUUCCAGCUUCUCAUCCACCAGCACUCCCAAGUCUUCUCAGCGGGGCUGCUCUUGGAUGUGUUCAUGCCCAGCCUAUACUGGUAUCAGGGCUUGCUUCAACCCAUGUGCAGCAACUUGUACUUGGCCUUGUUAAACCUUGUGAGAUUCCCAUGGGCCCACUUUGCGAGCUUGUCCAGGUCCUUCUGGAUGGCAUCCCAUCCUUCAGGUGUGUCAAGUGCAUCAUUCGGCUUAGUGUCAUCUGCAGAUUUGCUGAGGGUGUACUCAAACCCUUCAGCUAUGUCAUUUAUGAAGAUAUUAAAUAACACUGGUCCCAGUAUGGACCCCUAAGAGACACAACUUGUCACUGAUGUCCAUCGGGACUCUGAGCCAUUGACCACUACCCUCUGGAUGUGACCAUCCAACCAAUUUCUUACCCAUCUAACAGUCCCACCCAUUGAAUCCAUCUCUCCAAUUUAGAGAGAAGGAUAAUGUGAUGGACUCUGUUAAAGGCUUUACAGAAGUCCAGAUAAAUCCCAUCUGUAGCCCUUCCUUUGUCCACUGAUGUAGUCACUCCAUCACAGAAGGCCACUAGGUUUAUCAGGCAGGACUGGUCCUUGGUGAAGCUGUGCUGGCUGUCUUGAAUCACCCCCGUUUUCCAUGUGCCUUAGCAUAGCAUCUAGGAGGAUCUGUUUCAUGAUCUUCCCAGGCACAGAGCUGAGGCUGACAGGUCGGUAGUUCCCAUUUUGUCAUUGGUGUUUGUUUCUUUCUGGUUCCAGCUUACUUGAAUCCCAGGUUCUGCUUUCUACAUUUAUUUCCUUCUCUCGAGUAAUCAGCUUUUUCCAGGAGUCCUCACAUGAGACUUCAGAACAAAUUGGCACUCCCAGUUCCGCCCUAGGGUUGCCCUCUUUCCCCAUGUUCAGUAGGGAGUCCCUUCUAUUAAAUAUUGUAACCUUUCUUGUAUGCCUCCUCUUUGCAAAUUGCUGAAGGUGAAGACUGAAGUCACAGCUUAAGUAAUAAAGCUCCAAUUAAACUCAAGAAAACUGAA